AUAAGCGAUAACCGGCAGUGUACAAGAUAAACUGUAACUGAUAAUUUAUAUACAAUUAUUCAUUUUCCAAUUUGAUAACUUAUUGUUUACAUAUUUAUACUACUGUUUUUGGCUUAAGUAUUUCAAUAAAAUAUUUCAAACAAUGAAGCUCCUAUUCUUCGUGGUAUUUGUCUGUAUUCUAUGCGAGUAUUGCAUCCAUGGAUUUACCGAUGUGGAAAUUGAAGAAAUAAAUAAUAUCUGUGCUGACGAAAUAAAUAAACAUCGAGGACAAAAAGGCGAUCGAGGUUUUACAGGCAGUCCAGGCCGUCCAGGCCUGCCACUAGAUGGACCACCAGGCCCACCAGGGAGAUAUAUACCUGGUCCUCCGGGUAUGCCAGGUUUGCCAGGUAUGAAAGGUAGCAAGGGUACACCAGGCCUAGCGGGGCUGGAAGGUGUUAAAGGUGAUCCUGCGCCUUGUGCAUAUUAAACUAAGAGAGAACAAUAAUUAAUUAGUUAAAAGAUUUUCUAUACUUUCUUGUACUUUAAAUAGUCUAUCUAAAAUAAAAUAAAACAGCUCAAAAGUUAAUACAA